CGACCGGGGGGGUAUGGCAACGUCCAACUUUAUAUGACACAUUCUGAAUUUGCCAAAACCCUAGAGACUGCAGAGUCGGGAGAGAACAAAGAGGGGGAACGGCGGCAGUAGAGAAAUCAAGGGGGGAAUUUCGAUUCAAUCUUGGGUUGAUUCUCGAUGGAGAUCUGGAACCAGAUCUAGUACAGAUGCUGAUUUUUGCCGAUGCCAAUGGAAUUCCCGGAGAAGAGAUGUUUUCAAGAAGCUAGAGGCAGUCAAGGGUUUCUGUUGCAGAGUUGACGAAGGUGGCAUCUGGGCGAGCAUCAGUGAUCAAACUAGCAAGUUGGGGCGUUUCAUCUUUGGAUUCACAGGUACACAGAGAUUGGUGCAAUUUCUGUAGUUUCAUGAGACUAGUGUAUAGCUAUUGACAUGGCAAGCUAUUCAGGAAAAGGGGGCCCUCCAAAUGGGUCUGUCUAUGUUUGUAACCUGCCCCAUGGAACUGAUGAAAAUAUGCUAGCUGAGUAUUUUGGCACCAUUGGGUUGCUAAAGAAAGACAAAAGGACUGGUCGGCCAAAAAUUUGGUUAUACCGUGAUAAGGUUACUAAUGAGCCAAAGGGGGAUGCAACCGUUACAUAUGAAGAUCCACAUGCAGCAUUGGCUGCUGUAGAAUGGUUUAACAACAGGGAUUUCCAUGGUAGUACUAUAGGAGUAUUCAUAGCAGAGUCGAAGUCCAAAGAUGAUCAUACGUAUAACUCGGGGAAUCAAAUGAAUCAUGGGGAAGAUCCAAAUUUGACUGGUGAUUUUGGUGGGCAAGGAGAAGAUGCUAGGGAUGUGAAUGGGGGUGGAGGAAGAGGUAGAGGUCGAGGUGAUGCUUCAGGGAAAGCAUGGCAACAAGAAGGAGACUGGCUGUGCCCGAAUACAAGUUGCUCCAAUGUAAACUUUGCUUUUCGUGGGGUUUGUAACCGUUGUGGAAGUGCUCGACCUGCUGGUUCUUCUGGGGGUGGUGCAGGCGCUGGUGGUCGAGGGAAAGGUCGUGGUAACACUGACUCUAGUGGUCGUGGUCGUACAGUUGGUGGUCCUACAGGGCUUUUUGGUCCCAAUGAUUGGCCUUGUCCGAUGUGUGGCAAUAUCAAUUGGGCAAAACGCACAAAAUGCAACAUCUGUAAUACCAAUAAGCCUGGCCACAAUGAAGGGGGUGUAAGAGGAGGGCGAGCUGGAGGUUAUAAAGAACUUGACGAAGAAGAAAUAGAGGAAACAAAACGACGGCGGAGGGAAGCUGAAGAGGAUGAUGGGGAGUUAUAUGAUGAAUUUGGCAAUCUCAAGAAGAAGUUUCGUGCCAAAACACAACAAGCUGAAGCUGGACAGGUGCUUCCAGGUGCUGGACGUGCAGGGUGGGAGGUUGAGGAACUAGGUGUGACCGAGAGGGACGGUAGAGACAGAAGCAGAGAUCGGGGAAGAGACCGUGACGAGAGAGAUGGUAGCAAGAGUCGCGAGAGAGAUGGUUACAUUCAUGAGAGAGAGAGGCGUCGGAGCAGGAGCAGGGAGAGAGAAAGGGACCGUGAGAAGGAUAGAGGCAAAGACCGGAAUAGAGAUAGAGACCGAGAUUAUGAUCAUGAUCGAGGGAAAGAACUUGGGCGGGACAGGGACAGGGACAGGGACAGGGACAGGGACCGGGACCGAGACCGGGACAGAGACCGUCAUCGAGAAUGGUAGUAAAACCGAAUGGGUUCCUCUUCCUUGGAUUUUUUUGGUGGUUGAGUCCGAGAUUAUUAAAGAAAACUAAACCUCUAUUAACCUGGAAGUAUCAUUGGAAUUGAACUAGUUGUCUCGUCUUAUUCUGUGAGAUUUUUCGCCGUUGUCUAUGAAUCCAUCAUUCCGUGUCAACUUUUAGUGGAAAGAAAAGUUUAUUUUGCUUUACUUAAAACAUUUAUUUCUUUUUGGUACGUCUGAGAGGAUUCUAAAUUCUGUUUCUGCCAUUUAUGUAUGUACCGCACAACCGAAUUUGGGAUAGAAUCAUAGAAUCAUUUAUAUGGCGGUUGUGUU